AUGGAUUCCCAACAAAAAGAAUAAAAAAUAGAAGAAAACUCAAUUAAAAUAGGAAAGUAUACAUUAAUUUAAAAAUUAGGUAGUGGAGGCUUUUCGUCAGUUUAUCUAUGUGAGGAUGAAAAUUAGAAUAAGUUUGCCCUUAAAAAGAUAAGAGAGGUUAAAGAGAGAUACAUUUAGUAAGAACUAAAGGCUUUAAUGACAAUUAAAAGCCCUUAUAUUGUGAAAUAUGUCGAAAAUUUUGUUUAUAAGGAAUAUCCAAUUAUUAUUAUGGAAUAUUGUGAGUAAGGUACUUUAGAUUCUUAUUUAAAACUUUAUGAAGGAGGAGUGUUACACGAAAAAAAAGCGUUGAAUAUGUUUGCAUAUAUUCUUUAGGGUAUUCGUGCUAUUCACGAAGCAGGUUUUAUUCAUAGAGAUUUAAAGGGUUCAAAUAUUUUGAUGCAAAAUGGGUUACCAAAAAUAUCAGAUUUUGGAUUAGCAAGAAAAGCAACGACAAGUCAAAUGAUUUAAUCAAGUUCAUGCACUCCUUCUUAUGCUGCCCCUGAAGUUCUUUAGGGCAAGUAAUAUGGAUAUAAAGUUGAUAUUUGGUCUUUAGGAGUAAUUCUUUACAGAAUUAUUUUUGGUUGCUUGCCUUUUGAAGGUAGCUCACAUACAAAGCUAUUAAAGAAAAUUCAAGAUUUAUGUUAAGGUGGAUUUUAAAUUUCGAAAGCUCCAAAAAAAAAGACACAAGAUAUUUCAAUAGGAUUGAUAAAGCUAUUUAAAGAAAUUUUUGUCAUAGACUAUUAAAAAAGAAUAGGAUUUAAAGAACUUUAUUCGAACAGCAUCAUAUAAGAAUAGCUUAUAGACUACAAAGACACUUUAGAAUUUUAUGAAAUAUUUGAAUAAAAAAAUGAUGAGUUAGAUGUACUGCAAUCGAUGAUUAAAAACAGUGAUAAUUAAAAUGAAGAAGAUGAUGAAGAAGAAUUAAAAAGAAGAGAUAGUUUGGAAAGAGAAGAUGCUAUGAUAACAUCGAUCUUAGUUUAGUAAAAAAAUGACUCUUCUAUACAGGAAUAAGCAAAAAACUAUACUGCUCUUAUAAAUUUAUAUGGAUUCCUUAUUGAUAAUUAUAUUUAUUUCAAUUAAAAAAUAAACUUCAUGAAUGGCACUGUUAACAAAUCUAAUUUUCUUUUGCUUAAAUUCUUUCUGAGCAAGUUAAUAUAUUUCUACAUAAAGAACCUCAAAAAAAUAUUAAGUGAUAAAGAAAAUAUUUUCAAUCUUACUUUUAAUUUCGCUUAAUUUACCUUUUCUAAGACGUACAGAUAGAUGGAAGAGAGACUGAAAAUGGAUGAGUAAAUAUGGAGUAACGAAUUCGAAACUUAAUAUUCAUAAGUAAAACAGCUCAAGUAAGAAAAGUACCCUAAUAUUAAAUAGUAUUUUGAUGAAAAUUUAAAUGAUACAGAAAAAUAUUAUGAGAAAAUGCCUGAUGACAUAAAGCUACCUUUUAGGGCAGUAAUUAUGACUAAUCUAAAGACUUUCUAUCACUCCAUCUUGUAUGACAAUUAACUAGAAAAAAAAUUGACUACAACCAAUAAAGCUCAACAAAAUCAAUAAACAAAUACCAAGACAAAAAGUUAGUUAAACAACACAAAAAUUAAAAAGACAGCCUAGUAAAGUGAAACAGAUUUAAAAAAUACCAGCAAUAAAUUUGAUUUAUUAGAUUUAAAUCCUCCACCACAGUUAGGAAAAUAAAUGUCAGCUUCCAAAUUUAUAUUAUUAGAAAAAGAUGUAAAGGCGACAAUUAUGUUAAGAUUAGCACUUUGUGCUUCUUGGAAUAGAAUUUUUUCUGUCAACAACUUAUACACUUUAAAUGGAAAAUAGUUAAAAUAUGACUAACUCAUUACCAUUCUUCACAAAAGCAAUUAUGAUUAGUGUAUAAAGCAAACUUUAGCGAUUAUGGAGCAAUACUUUCCCAAUCUUAAAAAUUUUGAUUACAAUUUUAUGUGA